CGGGGUGCGCCGGGUCCAGCUGAAGACAUCACCCUCGCCGGCCGGCGCACGUCGGCAGCUGGUGUCGCUCUGGUGAACCACCCGCGGUGGUGCUGCCGAUCAGGGCUCGCUGGCGGAGCCGUGAGCGUGACCGGUCGCAGCGGGGCCACGGGGGGAGCGCCGACCGGCCGCUCGCCGGCGUCGCUGCCGAUUGGCAUCCCUAGCGGGCCGCUGAGCCGCCACCCAACUGCCAACGUCGCUUGCCCGAGCAGUGCUGCAGUGCCGCCGCGGGCCGCUGAGACACGCCACCAAACGCCGCCGAGGGAUCCCCGGCCAGGAUGGGGCCGCCCGGUGUUCUGGGGGCGCUCGGCCUUCUGCUGGUCAUCCCGCUCGCUGUGUCUCAAAAUCCAUUUAUCCCACUGACGAACACUUGCUCAUUGCAACAAUGUCAAGAGCCUGUGAAGUUCAAGUACACGCCAGGGGAGGCGUACCGGUACAGGUACAAGGCCAACACUGCCAGCACAGUGCUGGGAGUGAGCAGCAAGAGCACCACACUGACACUGGAAUGUGACGUUGUGCUUCACGUCAUCACGCCCUGUGAGCAUGCAAUCAAGAUAGAGAACGUUGUGCUCCACACGGUGGCGGUCGACCAGGGCUCGCUGACGGACAAGGACAUCGAGAGCGACAGCUUCACGUCACCUCUACAGACAUAUCAGCUCAGGUACGGAUUCCAAGACGGCAUCGUGGACUCGGUCUGCCCCGAGAGCGGGGACCCGACGUGGUCCGUCAACGUGAAAAAGGGCAUCGUGUCGGCCCUGCAGAACUCGAUGGACAGGCUUGAUCUCAACUAUGACGAAGUAGAGCGAGACGUGACCGGGGACUGCCCGGCCUCCUACACGGUCGAGGGCACGAGCAGCGACGGCCUGCUGAUCACCAAGCUCCGCGACCUGAACGCCUGCGUCGGCAGGUUCGCCCACACCUCGCACAUCCAGGGAGUCGGCUACAGCAUCAAAUCGCCGGUGCAGAACAUCCCGAUCGUGGCCAGCAACAGCCGGUGCAGCCAGACGCUGCUGACAAACCGGCUCUCCAGCGUGCAGUGCGAGGAGCGCCAUCUGCUGAAGCCGUUCUCGCACGAGGCGUCCGGCGCUGUCACCGUCAGUGCGCAGAACCUCACCCUGAUGGACGUCUCCACGGCCACCGUCUCACAAGACGUGGUGCAGAACAGGGAGACCCUGCUGUACAACCACAUGCCGGCCAAGGCAGCGUCCCACACCCGCGAGAAGUCGCUGGCUGAGGCGGAGACGCUGGUCCGGGAACUCUGCGAGGACGACUCGGAGGUGCGCGUGGACUCGACCACCAAGUUUUCGGAGCUGAUCGACGACCUUCGGGGCAUGAGUCACACCUCGAUCACAUCGCUGUACCGACUCAGCCCCAGCAUCUGCCGACACGGACAGCAGCUGAUCGAGGAUGCCCUGCCGGUGGUCUCCACGGCCGCGUCUCUGGAGUUGACCAGGGACCUGAUCCUGAAUGAAGAGGUUUCUCCGCGCGUGGCCAACACCUGGCUCAUGGCUCUCAACUUCAUUCCCAGCGUGGACCAGGCCAUGAUGGAGACGGCCGGCGGCCUGCUGCAGGUGCGACAGCCGGCCGUGCGGACGCGCGCGCGGCUGGCGGUCGGCGCCGUGCUGCAUCAGUACUGUCGACAGCACGCCGACUGUCAAACCAACCACGUGGCGCUGGAGAUUAUGGCCGAGAUGGCGCGGCCUCUGGGCGACAGCUGCCGCGCCGACACCGAGCAGGACGAGAAGCAGCUGCUGCUGACGCUGCGAUCCAUCGGCAACGCCGGUCUCUCACCGCCUGGCGUCGUCAACACGCUGAACGAGUGCUUUCUGAGCCGCGACAACCCGGCCCGGGUCAAGGUGUCCGCCAUCGAGGCGUUCAGACGGUUCAGCUGCCGGGUGCACCGGGACGCCAUGCGCGCCGUGUUCCGAGACCUGGCCGAGGACAGCGAGGUGCGCAUUGCCGCCUACCUCGGUCUGAUGCGCUGUCCCUCGCACCAGGAGAUCGGCCUGGUGCGCGCCGCCCUGGAGCAGGAGCAGGUCAACCAAGUGGGCUCCUUUGUCUGGACCCACCUGAGUAAUCUACAGGAGACGUCAUCUCCGUACCAGCUAGAAGUGCAGGGCCUGCUGGCUGAUCUUUCUUUGAAGAAGAAGUUUUCCACCGACGUCAGGAAAUUCUCUCGGAACUUCGAGAUAUCCGGCUUCAACUCGGAAUACCACAUGGGCGCCUCACUGGACUCCAACCUCGUCUACAGCUCGCGGAGCUACGUGCCGCGGUCGCUCAACUCCAACCUGACGCUUCAGCUCUUCGGCGAGAGUGUCAACCUAGUGGAGGUCGGAGCCCGCGUGGAGGGCAUGGAGCGCCUGCUGGAGUCGAUGUUCGCGCCGGGAGGCGUGCUCCACAACGCGGCGCCCGAGCCCCUGUUCCGCGGCCGACGUGACGCCGCCCAGCAGCGGAUGGAGCAGAUCAAGGCCGACUUUGACGCCUCCGACCGAUUCGGCAGUCCUCUGGCCCUGUUCCAUCUCAAGGUCUUCGGUCACGAGGUCGAAAGCAUCGACCUACGCAGCUCGGACAUGGACUCCAUUUCGAAAUGGCUGGCGCAAAACGGUCCGGCAGAGUGGGCCAACGCGCUCAGCAACACCGAGAGUCUGGACAUCAGCCGGUCGGUCAAGUUCCUGGAGGGCACGUACAUCGUGCCGACCGGGCUGGGCCUGCCGCUGAACCUGACCGUCUCGGCCGUGGCCGCCGUCAACGUCCAGAUGUCGGGCAACGCCCAGCUCGACCGGCUCCUCUUCAACCAGGAGCUCGACCUGGCGUUCCGCCUGCGGCCGAGCGGAGCGGUGACGUUCGACGGCACCAUGAUGGUAGACGGCAUGGCAGUCCAGCUGGGAAUGGGCAUGAAGACCACUGUGCACUCAUCGUCACUUGUUGACGCAAGUCUCAAGAUGGAAGGAUUUAAGCUGGUCGAUGCUUCCGUCAACAUGCCGAAGGACAGAAUGGACCUUUACAACUUUGAGUCUUCUCUUCAGUUCAUUCAUCAAGACCAACAGAAGACGCUAACAUCGGAGAUCACCAUGGAGGGGGACAAACAUGAGCAAGUGUCUCUCAACUCGUGCACCGGAGGGGACAAAAUCACGGGCUGGAGGGUUUGCUCCCACCUGAUGUACGUGAAUGCCUCGACGAACACGCUGGCACCACAUUUCCCCCUCACCGGCCCCACGAAGAUGGGACUGUUCGUCGACAAGACCGACAAAACAAUGGAAGGCUACAAGCUUCAGUGGAAAGUCACGGACAGCGCGUACGACGACCAUCUCUCGUUAUUGUUUGAUACUCCGAGAUCGACGGUCAACCGGCGGGUGGAGCUGAAGCUGAAGCGCUCCAAGAAACAAGGCAAAAUAGGAUUCAGAAUAACCUACCCUGGGGAAACACUGCUGGGAAAAGGUGAAGCCGUGUGGCAGCCCAAGAAGAAGAAGUUAGCCGUGGAAAUAUCCCGGCAGGGCGUAGAAGUGCUGGCCUUGACCUCCCAGCUGGUGACAUCGGACAGUGGCAACAGCAGGGUGUAUCGCCCCACACUCAUCGUCAGAUUCCUGCAGAAUCCCACAGCCAACCUCGAAGGUUUUGUCAAGUUAACGAACACCGGAGCAGAGAGAGCACGACUCAUUGAUCUCACAUUAAGAACUCCGUUUAUCUCACUGGGGCUCAACUCGAAUGCGACGGAGGACGCAGAGCUGUAUAAAUCGCAUAUAGUUCUCAGACAUUCCUUACAGGGUUCGCCGGAGCGCGAGACGUCGCUGUUGCUGGAGGCCCGAUCGGCAGAGGAUGGCGACGGUGGACGGGUGAGCCACUGGAUGGUCGCCACCGACUGGGACAUCGCAGACGGCGUGAACAUGGCCUGGGCGGCUCGCUGGGACCAGAAGCGUUCACCACUGGUCGACAUGAAUAAAAUCCAAACUGCAAAACGUCCUGAAGACUUUAAUGGAAGAAGUACAUUCUCUAUGGGCUACUCCUUAGAUUUCCUGUCAACAGAAGAUUCUAGUAAGAUGAGGGUCAGUGUCGGACUGGAAUACCCCGCGGGCGGCGUAGACCUGAGACUGGCUGCCGAACACGAGAACAUCUAUCGGGGGCUGAGAAACAAGAUCAUGCUCCGGUACGCUCCAGGCCGCGAGCUGCGCUCCUCGCUGAACCUGACCGGCCUGCCGAUGUGGCGCUCCGGCCUGCUGGAGGGCAGUUGGCGACUGGACGUGCCUGGCUACCCGCAGCCGAUUCAGCUGGGCGGCACGGUGCGCCGCGUGCCGCGCCAGCAGCCGUUCGACCCGCAGGAUUACCGGUUCCGGCUGGACGGCGGCUGGCUGAACGGCGGCUCGGCGCAGGUCGUCGGCCAGUACCGACUGCGACCCGACCCGCAGAGCCAACUGGCCGAACAUACGGCCGGGUUCAACCUCACAGUUAACCAGCAGCCGCUACUGGACGGCCACUUCCGGCUGGCGCUCUCGCCGGCCAAGGUCGUCGUGGAGGUCAAGGCGAACUACGAGGCGUCCGAGUACGGCGUGGAGGUGCAGUACGACGUGAGCCGCGCCGAGGAGGACCUAGAGCGGUCGGUGCGCCUGGCGCUGGGCUACGCCGGCUCCUCCUACAGCGUGCGCGGCUCGCUUCGCCUGGGGCACACGUUCCGCACCACUCUCGACCUCUCGCUGGACGGCCAGCGGGACAUUCAGGUGAUCUUGGGCGGCUACCGCACGGCCUCCGUGCUGGAGUGGGUGGUGGACCUCAAGUGGGACGCCAACCGAGACCCCACCCAGCGCCUGCUGAUGGACUUCCGGCUCGAGGACCCGGCGCCAUCACUGCGCAAUCUGACAGUGAUGGUGGUCUACCCCGUCAACACCGUGCAGCUGUCCAUGGACAGGACCAUGACAGGCUCGUGGCACCGGCUGCGGUACGACAACCAUAUGGUGCUGGCGUUCGGCGCCGCCGAGCCGCUGGAGGUUACCGUGACGGCCAACACCCGGCUGGACCAGCCCGACAGGCAGGUGUCGGUGGACGUGUCGGCCAGCUCGCCCUUCCCCAAGUGGAGGGCCAACGCGCUGAAGUUCAGGCACACGCGGUCGCCGCGUGACCUGACCUCCCAGCUGGACGUGUCGGUGGGCGGCGAGCGGGUGGACCUGACCGUGAGUGGGACGAACCAGCUGCCUCGCAGUCUGCGGCUCACCGGCAGCCUGCGCUCCAGCCUGCAGCGGUGGCGCCAGGUCGACACCUCGCUCUCCUACGCCGCCGAGCGAGAUGAGAUUUCCUCCAGCUUCGCCCUGAGCACGCCGACCAAUAAGCUGACGGCGGACCUAGGCCUUCACGACCUGAGCACGGAAGGCCUGAGGCGGUACCGGGGCGAGCUGAACGCCACCACACCCUUCCAGGGUUUGCAUCAGCUCAGUUACUUUUUGGACGGCCAGCUGGGAGGAGGUGAAAUGGAGGUGACCGGCGAAAGCAGGGUGGAGAAUAUCGGUCACAAUCUUAUUCUAAAGGGUCGCGGUGCAGGUCGCACCGGCCGUCUGGAGGGCUCUCUCGUGGUGGACCAGAUCCACCCGCUACAGAACGCACUGACUGCCAAGGUGCUGGUGGACCCCACUGAGGAUGGGCGCGCUUUCAAGGCCUCCGCCGUGUGGCCCGACAAUCGCCUCGCGCUGGAGGGUGACAUGCACUUCACGUCCGCGAGCGACUUUGGCGUGGGUCUGCAGUUCCUCUCACCGUUCGAGGCCGUCAAGGACGCAGGUCUGAUGGUCAAACACAAGUUCGUCCAGGACGCGUGGCAAGACCUUGGGUGGAAGGUUCAGUCGGAGGCGCGCGUGGCCUGGCUGCUCGACAACGCGAUGGCCCUGACGCUGGACGCCGACCUCGACUCGCUCAGCGCGUUCGACGCGCGCGCCGAGCUGAGCCUGCCGCUGCCGCGCUGGAACCGGGCGUCGGUGAGCCUGCGGAACAGGCCGCAGCCCGACGUGCGCGGUCUGUCCACCGGCUUCGAGGCUGCCAUCGCCGGACAUAAGCUGGCGCUGACCGCGGACGGCUCUCUGGGCGUCCUCCCCUCCGACAAGCGGUACGGCACGGUGACGCUGACGCUGCCGGCUGGCCCCGUCCAGCAGCUGACGGUGGCCGCUAGUGUGCAGCGGUCGAAGCCCGGGGUAUACGAGACCUUCUUCUCGCCCGUCUGGAGACUACGCGACGGUACCUCGCAGGAGAUCCGCCUGACGAGCGUGGUGGAUCUGGGCACGUCCGGCGCGGGCUCGCUGCAGGCCAACCUGCGCCUGCUGACGCCGUGGCUAGACAUGCUGUUCCUGGAGCUGCACCACGCGCCCACCUCACCGGGCGACUUCGUCACACGCUUGGUGGGCUCGCUCGGACGGCAGAGUGUGCACCUCAGGGGACAGCUGAUGGGUCUGAGAGAACAGAAGGGGUACAAGUUUCUGCUGAACACGACAUCUAAUAUCCAGUUCAUACCCGCGUUCGAUGCUAUGACAACGGUAGUGACCUACCCCAAUUACCGGAUGACGUUUUCUGCUUGGACGCCAAAAGAGUACCGGCUGACGGUAACGAGCGACCGCAGCAUGGCGGCCAGCACAGUAAUCGAGACCGAGCUCCGGACGCCACUGAGCGGGGUCGAGCUCGUCAGGGCCAGGGUUGAGCUGGAGCAGCGCUCCGAGGAGCGGGCGCUGUCGGCCGAGGUGACUCUGCCCAGCCGCGAGCGGAUCAGGGCCAGCGGCACCCUGGCGCCCAUGGACCUCCGGCUCUCCGUCACGACACCCUUCGACGGCUUUCGGACCGGGUCGCUCCGCCUCUCGAUGGGGGUCGUCGCUGAGCGACUGAACCCCGUUCUGCGGAUAUCUUGGGACAGAUACAAGGUUGAACUGAUCGGCACCGCUAUUCCCGGUGAAGAUGGCAGCCGUCCGACGCAGGUGACGGGGGCACUCCUCAUCGACGUUCCCGUGGGUCCGCGCGUCACCGGCAACUUCCAGCUCAGCGAGCACGCCGGCUCGCGAGGGCUCGUCUACGACCUGACAGCGGCAUCGACGGUCGAUCAAAACAGCUACCAGAUGGAGGGGCAAAUCUUCACCGGCGCGCAGAAGGCCGGCUUCGACAUCCGGACGACCUCCAGUGACCCCUCGGCGCACAUAUCGGCCGCGGUUGUCGUCACGGUCAACGCCGUGCCCGGCGUGGUGGGGCUUCGCGUCCAGCUGAACACGCCCCACGAACCCAUCCGAGACGUCUCGCUCAGCGUCGAGUACAAGACCGGCACCGACGGCCGCCAGCUGGGCGCCAAGCUGCGCCACCCGCAGCUGACGGCGGAGCUGGGCUCGCGGCUGGCGCUCGUCUCCUGGCGCCACUUCCACGUCGGCCUGAACGGCAAGCUGAACAUGGGUCAGCUGGACCUGCGCCGGUCGGUCAGUACGCGGUGCGGAGGCCAUACUCGGGCGCCCUGCGUCUGGUGCGUCGCCGGCUCGGCUCCGAGUGGGAGGUCACCGCGCGCGGCUCGCUGACGCCCCGCGACAGACGCUGGGACGCGUCGCUCAACCUCACGCUGCCCAUCGACGGCUACAAGGCCGUGCGCAUGGAUGCCGAGUUCACUCAGCCGUCCAGCGCCGUGUAUCGGGUCAGGACAACGGCCAAGAUUGACCCCGAGUCGAGUUUCUACCAGCGCACUUCGCACAGGCUGGCUGUGAACGCAGACCUCAGCAGCCUGCCGGCGGUGAGCGGCGAACUCAGCUACCUUCACCGCGACCUGGACGAUGACCUG